CCGCGAUCUCAUAGGUAACGAGAAGAGAGGACAUUGAUCUAUUUAUAAAUUGCUGUUGCGCCUCUCUCUCUUUUUCCUUUGCGUACUCCCUCCCGCUCUUCUCGAAGGAUUUCAUGGCGUUAAUUUUAGUUUCGGCGGAGACGAUGCCGCGACUGGUAGCGCGAGAGUGCACUUCAUCGAGAUAACGUUCGAUUGUGUACAAACCUGCCGAUAUCAGAGUCCCGAAUGCACUUUGCACGGUACACGGUGUCCGGCAACAUCGUUAUACGAAGUAUCUAUUAUAACGGUGACCUCGUGAAAGAAAAUAUGAGACCGUAAUGUGUUUCACACUGAGCUCAACUAGAAAGCAAACGCAAUAAUUGAAUGGAAUAAAACGUGAAUACAACGUGAAAGAAAUUCAUCAUGGAGAACACUUGGAGCGACGGUAUUGCUGGAGAACGAAAGGAUCUCACUCCCAUAAUGGAAGAAGAGGAUAAGGGACAAGCGAAAGGUUCGCAGUCGGACUCGUCGGACGCGGCGUCGACUAUAAAGCGUUGGAACAGCCGAUGGACGCCCUCAGAGGGCUACGAUUCGUCGGGGACGUCGACGAACUCCGACGUGGGUGACGAGUACGUCGAGGAUUAUCCGCGGGAUAUCAGGCCGGAUUUGUCCGAGCCGACAAUCGCGUGCCAGACAGCCUACCGAUCUCAGGAGUGUUUGUGUCAGUAUCCAACGGUAUGGCUAAUAUCUGCCCGGCGUCGGCUGCGCAUCUGGGAAGUUUUCCGUCUCUCUGUGCGAUGCCGUGCUCAAGGUCACUGUUUGUACAGCAUCCUAACUUUUAUAUUGCCGUUCGACAAAUAUCGAAUAUCUUUGAAUCUCUCUAAAUGGACUUCUAAAAGCUAUCGAUCCUUACAAACCGACAGCGUUUCUAGCGAGCUCGCACAUCACGCCGUUAAGGAACAUGCGAGAAACGUCGCUCAUUAUCCGCACGUUUGUCACUUGCAACAAGAUCCGAUAUUCGCGAAGGAGCGAGAAAUACACGCGGGUAGCAGGACGAACAGUACGACAUCCCUGCCGGUAAGCUCAACGGGGAGAUGCGCCGGUUCUUUGGACAGAAGGCGACGCAGAUUCCGCAGUAGAGUGGACCGCGAUCAGAGAGCUAUGUCUCAUAGCGAUCUGAUCUGCCACGAGAGGGAUAGACCGCAUCACUACUGCUCGCUGCAACAAUUUCACUGCGGAAGCAAUAUGUGCAUAAAUAAUUAUCAUAGCAAGACCGAGGAACGAUUGAGAAAAUUGGAAAGCGAACGUGGAGCACUGCAUAUGGAAGUGUCAGUUUUAUCCGAACAAGUCGACGCACAAUCGAAUAAGAUACAAGAGCUGGAGAGCGUACUUCAGGAGAAGAAAGAUACUCUGAGACAGAUGGAAGAAGCGUUGCAGAAGGAAGUUUUAUCAAGAAGCGCUUUGGAAACACAGAAGUUGGAGCUUCUUACCUCCUUGUCCGAAAUGAAACUCAGACAAGCUAGUUUGGAGCACGAAAAUCUGUCGCUGCGCAAUACAAGUCCUUUAUCGAAUGGAGAAAGAUUCAGCAGACAUACGGGUCAAUAUAGUAGUCUUCCUAGGCCGCCGACGUCCAAGAAAGGCGUUGUAUUUGGUAAGGUUCCAAAUUUAGUCUCGGGAGCGCAUACAACGGUACCUUUGGCUGUUAGGGGAGUCUCUGCGAGAUGUCUGUCCGCUCCUCUUCUAGCGGAAGAAGCGAAAAUCAUGAUCAGUGAGGCAAGCGCACAAGUGGAAUUGCCGCCACCGAAACCGCUCGCGGAACUCGGUAUGGAGGAGAUUGGUGAUUGGUUGGCUCGCCUUGGUCUGGAAUGCUACGCCGGCGAGCUGCGACGAUGGGGUGCCACUGGAUCGAAGCUGCUCGACGCCACGCAGGUUCAACUGGAGAAAGAGUUAGACAUAAAGAACGCCCUGCACAGGAAAAAGUUGCUUUAUGCCAUCGAAUCGGAGCGAAGCAACGGCGCUGGAUUAUUCGGUUCUCACAAGAUGGAUAAUGCGGCGGUGUUACGAUGGCUAGACGAUAUCGGACUGCCGCAACACAAAGAAGCCUUCCAUAACGCCAAGAUUGAUGGUAGAGUUUUACACAGAUUGACUACGGAGGAUCUUUUGAACCUCGGAGUGGCCGCACAGUUGCACGCCGCCAGCUUAAGACGUGGAAUUCAGGUUUUACGAGACUUGAACUUUGAGUUUGACAAUUUGGAAAGAAGAUCCGUGAACGGGAAUGGUGCCGAUGGUACGAACGUAACUCUCUGGACGAACCAUCGUGUGAUGGAGUGGCUGCGAGUCGUGGAUCUCGCGGAAUAUGCGCCGAACAUGCGCGGUUCCGGCGUUCAUGGGGGCCUGAUGAUCCACGAAGGUCGAUUUACUUCCGAGCUGCUCGCCACGUUGCUCAGCAUUCCACCGGCGAAGACUCUGCUCCGUAGACACCUGACGACGCACUUUAAUCAGAUUCUCGGCAGAGAGGUGGUUCAACAAAAGCGAGAGAUGGAGACCACACUCGGAUUCGUUCCACUGACGCUUACCGCUAGAUUAAAAGUACCAAAGAAAUCUCAAUUUACGCUGAAACGCAAGAAGAGUAAAAACGAGAUGGAUUUCGGCAAUUUGGUUUGCCCAUUGGAGGCAUCGCCACCAGGUACCCCAUCAACGCCCUCGUCAACACCGGGCAGCCCUAACUUGAACUCACCCACAUUCUAACCACAAUUAAAGCUUCAUUCGGGUAAUCAUCUAAACUAACUUACUUGGAGGAUACUGGGCAAAGGAGAAUUAUAGGGUGCAUAUGAAGUGGACGAAUUGCGAAAGGAUACAUUUCAACAGUAAAACAAUGGAUAUAUACAUAUCCAAACAACCUGAGACAACGCGCGAAAAUACAUCAGAAUCACCUGGGACCAGUUAUCCGUAACGUAAAAUACAUAGCCACAUCGAAAUGUGCAUUUCGGAUAAGAAGUCGCAUAAACGAGAGCUAACUCCGAUCACCGCCAAAGUUUCAUUAACGCCGUAACUAAAAAAUUUGAUAAAAAUUAACCGCUUUACAGAGAAUAAAUAUUUUUACUACGAAUCAUUAAAUUAUGUAUAGGUAUAGGUAAAUCGGAAAUAAACAUUAAAUUUAUACCUAUUUCCUACAUUUAUCUUUACCCAUUUUUAAUUCUCGUGUAAGAAUAACGUAUCCAAUUAAUUAUCUGUUGCUUAUCUUUAAUUAAAGAAUUAUUGUCUUUAAUUAUUGUCUUUACCUUUAAAAAGAAAACGGAAUCGCAGUCUUAUGCGACACAGCUGCGUGCAAUUGUAACUUUCACAUUUCCUACAAUCAUAGAAUAAUGUUUAUAAUUAUUUGUUAUUAAAUUUUUUUUCAAUCAAUUAAUUUUAUUAUAUAAUUUUGUUCAUUGUUUCAUUAAUACACUAUUUAAUCGUUAUAUGUGUGUCUAAUUUUAUAU